UUGAGUAUAUUAAAGUUUAAGUAACACCUAUGAAUUAAAUUAACUAUUAGAGUUCUGCUUAUUGUUUAAAAUCAUAAAAAAAAAAAUUAUCGUUAAAAAUCAAUAUUCAACAAGUCAUUAAUUUCAUGUCAAAAGAUAAAGAAAUGUACCGUUAAAUAAAGUUACAAAAAACCGACAGAAUGACGUCCAAUUCAAACAUUUUUUUAACAAGGACAUUUAAAUCUACACUCAGUUCUUUAUUAUUCACGUAUGUAACAGUGUUCUUAUUAUCACUUCGGUCGAUUUUCAGCUUUACAUUCAGCUUGUAUUCCUUAUUGUACGUGCCUGCAGUAUUGGUAGCUGUUUUAUUGUUCAUUAUAACUAACUCACGCAGUUAUGUGAGAACAAACUUGCCUUGUACAAACCGUUUUAGCAAAAUUAUCAAAGGAUUGUCAAUUCAAACCUUAUUACCGGCUGCCUUAAUUUCGACCAGCGCAUGGUUUCUGUCCAGUAUAAAUCCAUUCUGUCAAGAUGAAAACAUUUGGCAUUUACUCAAUGUUGGGUGUGCUCUGGCUGGUGUUUUAUUUCAUUAUGAAAAUGUUUACUUUGAACAAGACUUUCACUUUCCAAUCAUCCAAACUACAAAAUAUUCAAUGUUUAUGUCUAAACUUUCAGAGAUUAUAUUUAAGUCAUUGAAAAAAUCGUUUUUGUAUAUAUUUUUCAUAUUUAUUCCAUUAUAUAUGAUUGAACCUAAAUUAUGUUCUAAUGUUUAUUUUUUUGUGACUCUUUGGAUUUCAAUAUCAUUAGUCUUAUACUUGUUUUAUUCAUUUGAGCACAUUAUAUUCUUAACUAUGACUGAACGCGUUAUAUUUCCAAUUGUGACCAUAAAUCAAGAAGAUAAUUGUUUACUUAAUGCUUUGAAUGUUGAUAAUAAGAUUAUAAAAUCAUUAGCACUAUAUGAUCUUUAUCAAGCUACAAUUAAAGAUGCAGAAAGAAGAAAAGAAAUAUUUAGCUUAAGUUUUGCGGGAAAUGUUCCUCAGAGUUGGAAAAUUAUAUUCAACUAUUGUAUAAAUAAUAUAAAAUCCACCACAGAUGACAUGAAAAAUUUAGUCAACCAUGUACCACUUAAGUUGAUCAAUCGGCGCAAUAUAACCAAUGCUAGAUUAUUACAUAUUAAUGGUAGUGUCAUCUGCAAACCACCAGAAGACAAUUUAAAUCAACAAAGCAUAUUUUUAUAUUUCGUUGAAAAAUUCUGGCUGUAUAACUACUUCUUUGGACCAUUGGAUAAAGAUAAAUUAUUAGAAGAAUUUGAAGCAACAGUUUGGUGCUGUUAUAUACUUUCAAAUUUGGCUGUAGUUUCAUUAAAGGAGGACGAAUAUGGUGUAGUCAGAGAACAAUUGGGGCAAAUUGUUAGCGCCAUUUUAGAUUUAAAAAAUCAACUGGACGUCCAACAAAGAAAUUUUAAUAACCAAAAGACCAAGAAAAUUGAAUACUUGAAAAUACACGUUAAGACUUGUGCUGUGAUGCUAGCAUUGAAUUUUGGUGUAUACGCCAAUGAUAUAGGAUUAGAUGAAACUCAGCUGCAUAGUUUUAAAAAAAUAAUAAUGCUGUUAAAUAACUAUUAAAAUUAUUCUUUGUAUAAAUUUAAAAUGUUUUGUACUAUCUUAAUAAUUUUUUUUCAUGU